AUGCAGAUUCACGACAACGCCUUCUCCCCAUUUACGGGUGCUGAUGGAGACAAGGUGUUUGAGCGCACAGUCGUCAGCUGGUUCUCUCUUCCCGCGGCUGCGCAGAAAGCUUUGUCGGAUGUCAAAUACGAAAAGACUCAAGUGCCAUUCACCGACGCCAACUUCCAGGCUCACCUGGACGCCGCAUACCGAGAAAGCUUUUACGGCGGUCUUACAGACCAGCAGGGGUGCUUCGGUCAAGAGGCUGGACCCAGUGUGAAAGAGGAUCCGAUCAGCGAUUCGCCUCCUAAGGACAAGGAGCCAGCUGGUGCUCCGCCUCCAAGCGGCGAGAAGGGGCCUACGGAUGCGCAGUGA